CCUUACGAAUCAGCUGUGGCAACUGGCCGACAACAACAACAACAUGCACAACUUUCUUAAGCGCGUUCGACGAGAGGAAGAGGCACGAACACGAGAAGAGAUGUGUUAAAAUCAAUCCAGAAACUACUUGUUGACAAAGCCAAGCGGCAGCCACCUGAACAACUCUAGCGCUCUGUCCAGCGCUGUUUGCAUAUUCUAAAUAUACAUACGCACGCAUAAAAACUCUACACGUCAUCAGACUUUCUGUCGCGGAACAAAAUGCGUCAACUAAAAGGCAAGGUAAAGGAAACGCGAAAGCAAAAGAAGGAGCGCAAAUUGGAAAACGCACAAAUGCAAGCAAAAAUUGGAACUGUGGUUCUGCCGGCGCUUGGAGUUAUUGCCAUGAUGAUAGUGGCGUUUAUUUACCUGAAGACGAGACCUGCAAUCUUGGCCUAGAAGAGAAGCCAAAAGGAAACUUGAAGUACCUUAAGCUAGUAUAGGCAUCAACGAUUUUAUUAUGUACUUGUGCUCGUGUUUAACAUUAACCUUAUAAUUGCGUCCAUGUGAAAUGUGCAAUUUGUUUUUAAAUAUUACACUAUAUUGUAUAAACACACCAGUUGAAUAAAUAAACGCGACGAAAUUGAGCGGA